AAAAGAAGAAAGAAACACGCUUUGUAUUCCUAAUUAUUCAAAAACUGGUCGCAAAUAAAGCUCCAGCUUAUUAAAUUAAAUUAAAUUAAAUUAAUCGUCCAUUAUAUUUGCCGAUCGAAAUAGUUGUAUAAGUAUAGUUUAAUUCAACACCAUAAGCGAUCCAUUUCAUUGACAAACAUCCCUCUUACUCUCAUCGAUGUCGCAAGGCAGUUCACAUCCAGGCUCUCGGGCCAGUUCUCCGGUACCGGGAUCUUCAGAAGUUGGUACUUCUCCGACGCACCCAUUUGAAGAUGAGAGCGAUAUUAUUCCUCACGGAGAAGAUCUUCACCUCGAAGAAGAGGAAGCCGAUGGAGAGGAUUUAUUCGGCGAUAAUUUGGAAGCCGAUUACCGACCGAUGCCGGAAUUGGAUCGGUACGAUCGAGGAGAUCUAGAUGACGAAGAUUACGAUCAUAUGGAUAUCGCAGAUCGUGUUGCUGCUGAACAAGAGUUGAGACGUCGCGAUCGUGAGGAAGCUUUUGGAAGAAGAGGAGACGAUGCUCUUCUUUAUGAUGAAAGCGACGAUGAUGAAGCUCCGCGUCGUAAACGAAGAAUAGCUGAUAAAAGUGCCAUGGAUGAUAUAGAGGAUGAAGAAAUGAUAGAAUCGAUCGAAAACUUGGAAGACACGAAAGGCCACACGAUCAAAGAAUGGGUCACGAUGUUAGCUCCUCGUACCGAAAUCGCUAACCGGUUCAAGAAUUUCCUGCGAAAUUUCGUAAAUGCCAAAAAGCAAUACGUUUACAAGGAUAAAAUCCGACGCAUGUGUGAAAGUAAUCAUUCCAGUUUCGAAGUAGAAUUCACCAAUUUGGCCGUCACCGAGCAAGCUUUGGCAUAUUUCUUACCCGAAGCACCUGCCGAAGUGUUGGAAAUAUUCGAUAAAGUGGCCAAAGAGUUAGUCCUGGCGGUAUACCCUUCUUACGAACGAAUUGCUAGCGAAAUACACGUUAGAAUUUCCGAUUUACCUCUGACAGAAGAUGUCAGAACUUUCAGAAAAAUGCAUUUGAAUCAAUUAGUAAGAACGACUGGUGUUGUAACGGCUACAACCGGCGUGUUACCUCAGCUAUCUUACGUGAAAUACGACUGUAACAAAUGUGGCUUUAUUUUGGGACCGUUUACCCAAUCUCAAGAUACCGAAGUGAAACCAGGAUCUUGUCCGGAGUGUCAGAGCACCGGUCCAUUCUUAGUCAACAUGGAGAAAACAUUAUACCGUAAUUAUCAACGAAUCACUAUUCAAGAAUCGCCAGCUCACGUUCCAGCCGGAAGAAUACCUCGAAGUAAAGAAUGCAUCUUACUCGCCGAUCUUUGCGAUAGAUGCAAACCCGGAGAUGAAAUCGAUAUCACUGGUAUUUACUCGUGUACUUACGAUGGCUCUCUGAACACCGAUCAAGGAUUCCCGGUCUUUGCCACCGUUAUAUUAGCCAAUCACUUGAUCGUAAAAGAUAACAAACAAAUUAUCGAAUCGUUGACCGACGAAGACGUUCAAACUAUUUUGAAACUUUCUCAAGAUCAUCGUAUCGGUGAAAGAAUCGUUGCCAGCAUUGGUCCGUCGAUUUAUGGACAUAAUUAUAUUAAAAGAGGCUUAGCUUUGUCGUUAUUCGGAGGAGUACCUAAAAAUCCAGGUGACAAACACAAGAUUCGUGGAGACAUUAACGUAUUACUUUGCGGAGAUCCGGGUACAGCUAAAUCGCAAUUUUUAAAAUACGUCGAAAAAGUAGCCCCCAGGGCUAUUUUUACUACCGGUCAAGGAGCUUCUGCUGUUGGUUUAACUGCGUAUGUUCGUCGUAAUCCUCAAAGUCGCGAAUGGACUUUGGAAGCUGGCGCUUUAGUAUUGGCCGAUCAAGGCGUCUGUCUUAUUGAUGAAUUUGAUAAAAUGAACGACGCAGAUCGUACUUCAAUUCACGAAGCUAUGGAACAGCAAUCUAUUUCAAUUUCGAAAGCUGGUAUCGUGACAUCGUUACAAGCCAGAUGCGCCGUUAUGGCUGCUGCUAAUCCUAUCGGAGGCAGAUACGAUCCCACGUUGACGUUUUCAGAAAACGUACAACUAACCGAACCGAUUAUGUCUCGUUUUGAUAUCUUGUGCGUUGUACGCGACGAGGUGGAUUCAGUCAAAGACAUAAAGCUGGCCAAUUUCGUGGUCGAUUCGCACAUAAGGCAUCAUCCCAUUAAGGUUGCCAACGAAGUCGACGAUGCUAUCCUGGUCACCGAAAGCGGCGUCGAAGUAAUACCUCAAGAAAUCCUGAAAAAAUAUAUCGUCUACGCGAAACAAAACAUUCAUCCUAAAUUACACAACAUGGAUCAGGAUAAAGUCUCCAAAAUGUACAGCCAGCUGAGACAAGAGUCUAUGAGUACCGGAAGUUUACCCAUUACUGUUCGUCAUAUCGAGAGUGUUAUCAGAAUGGCCGAAGCUCACGCUAAAAUGCAUUUGAGAGAUUACGUACAAGAAGACGACGUCAAUAUGGCCAUACGUAUUAUGCUAGAAUCGUUCAUCGAAACGCAGAAAUACAGCGUUAUGAAACAAAUGAGAAACACGUUCCAAAAGUAUCUAUCUUUCAAAAAAGAUAUCUCCGAGUUAUUAUUCUUUAUUUUACGUCAAAUGGCCAUGGAUCAGUUGCGAUAUAUUCGAGGUGUUUCCGGCGUCAUCGUGAAUUCCGUCGAAAUAGAAGAGAAAGAAUUUAAAGAUAAAGUUAAACAAAUCAACGUGUUCGAUUUGAGGCAAUUCUAUGAAAGUAGUAUUUUCAGAGAUAAUCAUUUCGUUUACGAUGGCAAAGUGCGUAAAAUCUUCUGGACUAAUCCUACCAGAGCACCUUGAUUUAUUGGCAGACUGAAAUCGUAUCCUGUGUAUUUUUUUCAAAUAGCUUUACUGAUCAGUACUUUGAUAUUUUAAUACUUCUGUAUUUUUAAUCUUUUUUUUUUUUAUACUGGAACCUAUUUUAAUGUACUAAUUUAUUUGUGAAAGACGUUAAUAAUGAGAGUUUUUACGAAGUGA